AUGAUUGUUUUUCUCAAUGCCAAUGAAGACAACAAACCAAUUACGUUACACAUUGGCGGUUUGUUCGACCAUGAAAAUCCAUUGAUGAAUCAUGGUCAAAAGGAUCUCUAUGCUGCUCAGAUGGCUAUUAAAGAAAUUAAUUCGCGUUCCGAUGAACUGUUCAAUGAUCGUUAUGUCUUCGAAUUAGCAUCAAACAAUUCGAAAUGCGAUCCAGUCUAUGCUGUCGAUGCCUUCUUUCAUGCGAUCUUUCGUGGCCGUCAGUUGUUAUUCCUCAUCGGAACAUCGUGUUCGUCUGAAACAAAAGCUGUCGUUCAAGUUGCCGAUUAUUACAAUCUUAUUCUUUUUUCCCAUUCGACUUCAUUUAUUUCUCAAGCAAAUCAAACAUAUUCCACACUUGUACGUCUUUCUGUUUCGGAUGAAAAUUAUAAUGACGCACGUGUUGCAUUCAUUCAAGCUAAUAAUUGGUCUCGAGUAGCGAUUAUCCAUCAAGAUUCAAUCGAACAUUCUCUUAUGAUGGCUAAAUUAGCGAAACGUUUGAACGAAUCGAAUAUCGAAGUCAUUCUGACACAAAGUGCUUCAACAGCUAAUCUCACGUCAGCACUUAUAACUCUUCAAGAAAAGAAAGCUCGAAUUGUUUUCGUCAACUUCGACGUUUCGGCAAGGACGAUUUUCUUCUGUGAAGUCUACCGAACAUUUACGAAACAGUUACGCGAACGUCAUGUGUGGAUCUUGACUGGCAAUGACUAUCAUUUAUGGAAUUUUUCGAUCAAUAGUUGUUCACAGAAGGAAAUUAUCGAUGCAGCUCGUAGCCACAUCAUUGUUGAUAGUUCAUAUGAAACAAAACCGAGUUCUAUUAAUCCAAAGAUGACACCGGAACAAUUAGCAGAACAUGUGCAAUUGAAUACGCAUCUGGAUCGACAAACUCUACAUGCGUAUGAUGCGGUCUGGGUGAUUGCAUUAUUGAUCCGAAUGUCAAUUGAACGAAACAUCUCGAUUGAAAGUUUUACAUAUGAAAGAACGGAUAUGAGAGAUCAAUGGUUGGGAUUAUUAGAAGAAAUCUAUUUCAUAGGAGUUUCUGGUCCGGUAUCAUUUCGAAAUCACCAUCGACGCGCUGAAACACUCAUUAGUCAAUUUCAAACUGAUUCCAUAGGACAAUACAUUGACACGAUUGCCGAAUAUUCUCUGGAGACAGGUUUAAAUACCAAUUGCUCGAUGUGUCGACCAUUAAUUUGGCCAGGCUCGACUCCGGUUGAUCGUCAACGCGCUGAAAUCCGUCGACUUAUCAUGAGCGGAGUGGAAAUUGCGCUAAUAACAACUAGCUGUAUACUAGGCCUUGCAUUGGCAAUCUUCUUCUUGACAUUUAAUAUUAUCAAUCGCCAUCAACGUUAUAUCAAAUUAUCCAGUCCAAAAUUAAAUAACAUGAUGGUUUUGGGUGCCAUACAUAUUCAUAUAUCGAUUCUUCUCUACGCUCUGGAUGAAUGGUUUCUUGCUCGUCAUUUGUUAGGACACGCAUGUAUAUUACGCGUUUUUCUGUUUUCUGGCGGAUUCUCAUUACUGUUCGGCUCAAUGUUUCUGAAAACGCUACGUGUUCAUCGGAUAUUCACGUCACGUGAUCGGCCCAUACUUCAAUCUAAAUUGUUGCGAGAUCAUCAUCUCCUUUUGGUGUGUCUAUAUCUGUACAUUGCUGAUCUAAUAUUUGCUGUGUUUUGGCAAACAUUUGAUCCAAAUUCCGCCCAAUUCACAUACAAAGCGGCGAAAGGAGUCAAUAUGGAUGUCAUCGUGUUAAAUGAAAUCUACUAUUGUGAUUCGCGCUAUCGACAUAAAAUCAUUUCAGUUAUUUAUUUAUACAAGUCGCUAUUUCUCGUUCUGGGUGGUUAUUUAGCUGCCAAGACACGACAUGUGCAUAUAACUGCUUUGAAUGAUUCGAAAUAUAUCGUGUGGAGUAUUUAUAUUGUUGUCCUGACGAGUUUAUUUUCCGUUAUUGUGAUGAUUUCGAUGAAGACUUUACGAACAUAUGUGGUCAUAUGUUUAGUGGUGGUGUUGAUGACAAGUUCAAUCUUAUGUUUGAUUUUCUUACCUAAAAUUAUUAAACUGAGAAGUCCAGGUCGAGAAUCACAUGAUAUUGUUUCGAAAGAUUUAGUAGUCGAUGUAUCUCGAACGAGACGGCUGGUUGUGAAAACAAGUUAUUUCGAAAGUUAUCGAUACGCACAAUUACAGAAUCGAGAAUUGAAAGCAGAAUUGGUUCGGUUGAACAAUAUUCUACAUGGAUUAGAGCAAAAGUUGGACCCAUUGGCAUCUACUGUGGCUCUGGCGCUUUUUCCACUGGCCGUACGUUUAGCAGCAACAUUCUCAUGUAAACCAAAGAUGCCACCAUCUCCCCGUUCAACCGAACAUGAGAUAAACAUAAAUCCAGUCACAUCUUCACCGGAACAUGAGGCUUUACUUCCAAAGGAUUCUUUCGAAUCCAGUGCUGACGUAUUCACUUGCGAUCAACUCUUAGCAUCCUCACCUUCGUCAGGAUCUGAACUAAACCUUUCAUCCAUAACGCAGACCAUAGAUGAGACAAGCUCAUUACUGUUAAGUGCUUUAGACAAUCAGCAAUAUGUAACAACCGACGAUGAAACUAAUACCAGUCGAUCGUUAACACCAACUCAAAUAUUUAGUGAUAAUGAAUCGGUGCUUUACUCACGUUUAUCAGAUGAACUAAAUAUCUAUCCAGCAACAUUGGAUAGUGAUUUAGAACGCAUAGAUCGAUGA